CCCAGAUAUUUUCUGAGGAGUAAUUUUCUAAGGACUAUUUAUGUCUGUAAUAAAGCCUUUUUGUGGGUAAAAACGAAUUCUGAUUGGCUGGGCCUGGCUCUCCAGUGGGUGGGCCUAUGCCCUCGCAGACCCACCCAUGGCUGCACCCCUGCCUGUCCAGUCAUGUGGAAUCCAUAGAUUAGGGCCUAAUGAAUUCAUUUCAACUGACUGAUUUCCUUAUAUGAACUGUAACUCAGUAAAAUGUUUGAAAUUGUUAUAUGUUGUGUUUAUAUUUUUGUUCAGUAUAUUGUAAUGCCGAUAACAUCGGUCUUGUGGUUUAAUUUAUGCCCAUAUGAAGAAAAAAAUACUUUCUUUGAUUAGUUGGCACCAUAUGGAGGAGGCGGGAGGCAAGUUCAGAUGCCAUGCAUUGUGAUCUAAAGCUGACGCAUAAUAAUGCCUUUCCUAUGUGGACCACGCCCGUUAUUAUGACGAACUGCUUAUUUCGAAAUUCGUUUUACCGUUUUAUUACAUUGUUACCUAUUGGUAAAAUCAUUUGACAUCAUAUUGUUUUGCGUUUGUAAUACGGGAAUUGAAAAGAGGACAGUUUCUUCGCAGAGUAAGUUCAUUUACUUUUCAGACAAAAGUUGAAACACAGUCAACCUACAUAAAAAAGUAUCUGACGCUGACGGGUUCUUUAUAUACGUUAAUAUAGGCAGAUGCAUUCGAUUGAUUUAAUUGAUAUAGUAUUUCCCUCAUAGAAUUCUCUCUGAGGUGAUGCUCCAUUAAAGCCGAGAUGUCCUACAGCUAUCCCGCCAAAGUCAACGUGCCUCCAGGCUUGAGGACGCUUUUGGAAGGCCUCAGUCGGGCAGUAGUGAAAAGGCGUCCAGAUUACAUCUCACAGUUUGCUCAGUUGUACUUUGCUGAGCUCUUGCGCUUCAGGACAGAAAAUCCAACUCUUGAUAUCAAAGCCCUCGUGAGAGAAUUCAAUGCAACUAAAGUGCCUAAGUUACCAAGUCAUGGCAUUGGAACUGUGAUUGCUCCACUGGCAGUUCAGAAUGAAAGUGCCACAGCAGUCUCUUCUGGUGGUCCAUAUGUCCAACCAUGUGGAGUUUACCCUCCGGUCAGGAUUUUCCCAACCCUUCCCAGUAUUCCAGGAGUGGAGGAGCAGGGUGCUGAGCAGCCCUGGAUCCACAGCCAGGACAUUCUGUACACCGUCUCAACAUUGCCUGGUCUAUCAGACUCCAAUGAAGCUUCAGAAGUAACCUCCCUAGCAAGCCAAUACCUCAAUGACAAUGGCCUUCAGAGCCUCCUGCAGACAGUUAUCUCUAACGUCUCCCCUCACCCCAUCUCAGCAGAGCAGACCGAUGAUGUAGUUGUCUUCCGCAGGAAAUCCAGCACCGACUGCAUGACGGCUGACUGUGACAUCAACUCUGCUGCUUCAGACCGGACCCGGCGAACCGAGUCAGCUCUCUUCGAGAGGGUCCCACUGAGUGAGAUCGAUCUCAUAUCCAAUGCUGUUCUGAUCAGGACACCUUCUGUGCCCUGUGAGUACAUGAUUGUGGUGCAGUCAGACAACGUCCCGGAGACCAUAGUGUUUCAGAGAGACUCAUCAGUCAGUAAGAAAAUGAGGAAUGCUCGAGCAGCAGCUGGUGGUGCUGCCACUGGUGCACCGGGCAAUGCCCAGUCUGACUGCACACCCUGUUUGACCCUGCCUACAGCCCCAUCGCAAAUGGUCAAAGAUCAGCCAGCCACCAAAUUGGUCACGCCCUUAGUGGUGACUGAGGACCCUCAGCUUUUUGGUGGUGGAAAUAGGGCUGUCUUAACCCAACUUGGUUGGAAUCCACUUUCACCUGGAGACAAUUUUUUCUACAAGCACAUGGACAUAAAUACAGCAUUUCCUGAUGCAAAUGCCUACAACCCCUACAUGAAUGAAAUGAUAGUGGAUGAAAUGAAUGAGGUGAACUUUGGUAUUUUACCCAAGGUGUCAGAUGAGAUGACAUGCUUCAAUGUUAUGGGCCCACCCACCUUCAUGCCACCACGUGUUUCAGCAGCAGAAGAAAUAAGUGCUUCUAGUUUAGUGUAUCCUCAGAUUUCAGCUGGACAGGAGGCUAAUACACUCUGUUUGGUGCUCCCGACGAUUUCCAUUGCUCAAGAAAGUGGAGCACUCCCGUUGCUUAGCCCACCAUCUAUCUCAAUGCCACAAGCCAUUACAGUCCCCAGUGGGAUGUGCCCAGCCAUCUCACAACCAGAGGAAAUAAAGACCUCCAAGGCAGAGGAAAUAGAGGCCGUCCGAUCAAUGUACCCUCCUAUUGUGCCACCCAGUUUACCAAACCCAUCUGUACCAGCUCCACAGGAAACAACAGCCACUCUGCUUCAUCCCCCAUUUUUGGCCCAGGUGGAAACAAGACCCACUUCAUUGCCACACCCCCAGGCCCCAGUUGCCCACAUGCAUCAGUGCACUGGUCAAAAUGCACUAGCAUUCCAUGUGAAUGAGGAGAGCAGAAGAACACCAUAUAUGAUUCCAUUGGUCUCCCAAAGCAUUAUGGGAGUGACACAGAUGUAUGUUCAACCACAACAACCCCAGUUCAUUCACAGCUGGUCCAGAGAAGCAGAUUCACAAAGGCCAUGUGACACAGCGCCUACUGCGGCCAUGCCAGAGUUCCAGUAUGUUAGACCUGAAGCAUGUGGUAGCAGCUGGAGACUCUGCCACCUGGCACGCCCUGAGUUUAUGGCCGGGAUGCCAACAGCUGUGGCUUGCCCAGGAGGAUCUAGGACUGUGAUUGGCCAUGGGCAAGAGCAAGGCUACCUCCCUGACCAGGCCAACUUGCCAAUGCACCAGGACUUUGGGCCCCGGUUCAUACAUAUGUGUGGUGCCAACUUGUUUCAAACCCUCUGCCCCAUGAGUGGUGCCUACAUGCCAGUCAAACCCCCAGACCAUCGCUGCUGCCAGGCUGCCCCUGAUGUGGUCCUUCCACACUAUGCACUGAUAAACAGCCCAACUCACGGUGUUGCUUCUUAUCUUUGCCCUACUCCAUUAUCCAUGCAGCCCCAGGGUUUUGCCUAUGAUUCUGUCCACAUGUAUGGUCCCCACAGUGAAACUGUAAAUGCAAUGGCAUCCACCUUCAAUGUGAGCUCCCAUGCAGUCCCCCAGCAAGGGACAACAGAACACUGCAGAGAGCCCAGUAAUAUGCCAAUGGGUGAAAAUCCAAAUGAGCAGAAUUAUUCUGGUAUAUAAAAACGUUAUUUCUCUGUCAUUUGUUAGAAUGUGUCUUGGAAUAAGUGUGACAUUUUGUUCAGAUUUUCAUUUUAUCUCUAAUUUAUUCAGCUCAUUCUUGUCUAAAUUCCAGGUUAAUGACAGCACAUCGCCAGGAAUGAACAACUUGUUUAAUUUGUUCCUGAAAACAUACUGAACACCUUCAACAUUCCGCAAUAAACAUAGCUAUCUUAUGAAA